AUGAAGACGUCAAUCCCCCUCCGGGCAACUCGUCGCUCCCUCUACGUCUGCCACAGCUGUCGUCGUCACCUUCGCGAGCGCAAUCCCUCUCCGAUCCCAUCUUCCCAGCAAAGAUGGAUCACCCAAGCCCACGUGCGACGGAUCCAAGAGGCGGAAGAAGAAUGGCGUGCCAAAGCCAGGGAGAUCGAGAAAGGCAAUAUGAAGUCGAUGCUGAGCAUACUUGAGGAACGGGGAUACAUCAAUCAGAUUGUGGGCACAAGAGAAGAUCUGGACAAGCUACUCACCCAUCGCCGAGUCGGAGUCUAUGCUGGCAUCGACCCUACCGCUCCGUCGUUGCACGUUGGUCAUAUGGUGCCUUUCAUGGUCCUGGGUUGGCUCUACAUUCAUGGUUACAAGGCCAACUUCAUUUUGGGGGGAUUUACCGCGAGUAUUGGAGAUCCAACGGGCCGAUUGAAAGGCAGAGAAAUCAUGUCCCCCUCGCAGAGGAAAGCCAAUAUGGCAGCUAUGCAUAUUCAGCUGAAAAGGCUGGGCGCUUCGAUCGAAACAUACGCCGCACGGAAGGGAUACACGCGGGAAUGGGCCUGGCGCAGAUCUCUCGAGAACAAUGUAACUUGGUGGUCUAAGGUCACAGCAAGAGAAUUUCUGUCCAUCCUCGGUCGACACAUCCGUAUAGGUCCGAUGCUGGGUCGAGACACAGUGAAAAAUCGGCUGGAAAAGGGAGAUGGCAUGUCCUUUGCCGAGUUCAGCUACCCGCUGGUGCAGGCAUGGGACUGGUGGCACCUAUUUCAAUCCGGGUGCCAGCUGCAGAUUGGCGGUGCAGACCAGUUUGGAAAUAUCCUCGCGGGUGCCGAAGCUGUGAAGCAAAUUGCCAAAGACUCGCACGAGUACCAGGUGGCCCUGCGGCAAACUCAACUUCUCGAUUCAAAACGCGGCAUUGAGGUCAGCCCUGAUCCAAUGGGGUUCACUGUGCCUCUCCUGACUACGGCCUCGGGAGAGAAGUUCGGAAAGAGCGCUGGUAAUGCCGUCUGGCUCAACCCGGAAAUGACCAGCGUCUUCGAUCUCUACCAGUUCUUCCUCCGGUCUUCAGACUCAGAUGUCGAAAAAUAUCUGAAGUUGCUGACUUUCUUGCCCUUGUCCAAGAUCAGUGAAGUUAUGGAAGAACAUGGGAAGGACCAGUCAAAACGUGUAGCACAACACAAGCUCGCAAAAGAGUUCGUGGAGCUCAUCUACGGCCUGGAUGCUGCGACCCAGGCCGAAAGUGAACACCGUCAGCUUUUCAAGAAAAGCUUUAGCCUCAGCGACAUGAAGGCAAGCCUGGAGGAGACGCAAAAGGCUGACACGCAUUCUUCGGGAACGCCCCUGUUUGCCCACCCGUCGUUGAACAAGCAUGCUCAGCCGUUGCGACGGGAAGACAAUGCCUCCACUCACAUCAAACUCCCACGGAGCGUCAUUUCCCAGAAACCUAUGAGUAACAUUCUCUGGUCGGCUGGCCUGGUGACAUCAAAAACAGAGGGCCAGCGACUUAUUAAUGCUGGAGGAGCGUACGUGGGAGGAGCAUCCGACGCCAAAAACGAGAUGGAUGAUAGCCUUAGCUUUACACCUGUGAAGACAUCUGACUGGAAAGAGGUGCAAAAAUGGAUCAUCGACGACAACCUGCUUAUUCUUCGAACAGGGAAGUGGAAGAUCAAGAUCGUCAACAUCGUCCCCGACGAGGAAUACGCGGAGCUUGGAUUAUCAUGCCCGGGAUGGGAAGGACGCCCAGAGAGCAAAGAGACUCCAGAUUUGACCAUUGGACAUGAACAGGGAGGCGAUGAGCCAACGGUCUUGAAGGCGUCGUGA